AUGAAUCCAGGAAACACGAUGACUAAUCCGAUUACACAAAGUACUGCUUUGGGUAAUAUACAAGAAGGACAACAAGCUGUGGUUGUUGACGAUAACAAUACAGAAGGAGAAAAGGAUAAAUUAGAUGAAGAUGAUGAAUUCCAUAUUCCAAAACGAAAUAAAACUUCUGAAGCUUGGGAGGACUUCAACGAAUUUGAAGAAAAUGGCAAUUACUAUGCCAUUUGCCGUUACUGCAAUAAAAAGCUAUCAAGGGGUAAAUCAAAGCAAACAUCUAGCAAGUGGCGGCACCGGAAGUCAUGUCCAUCUAGAAAAGCAAGUUUAAGACAAGCUGCACAACAAACGAAACUAAACUUUCAGCCGGCUGAUGAUGCAUUUCCUACUGUACCACCUUUGCAUACUGGAAAAUUUGACAUGGAGAAAAUGAGAGAAGCAGCUGCACAUUGGAUUGUGAUGUACGAACAUCCCUUCACCAUUCUUGAAGAAAAAGGUUUGAAUAUUUUCCUAAAGCGUAGCAUGUCCGAGUGGCAGAAGAUCACUAGGGGAGUAGCAAAAAAUGAUUGUAUGGCAGUCUAUGAACUUGAGAAAAAGAAGCUGAAGAGCAAGUUGAGAAAUGUGAAAAAGGUGAGCCUCACAACCGAUCUUUGGAAAUCCAAAAAUCAAAAGAUCGAAUAUAUAGUUAUCACUGGCCAUUGGAUUGACUCGGAUUGGAAGCUACAAAAGAGAGUGUUCAACUCUGUUCACAUACCACCUCCUAGACGAGGGGUUGAGAUUGCUGCUUCACUCUUCAAGUGUGUGAAGGAUUGGGGGUAUUGA